AUGACAGUUUCAAGGGAUGAGUUUCAGGCUUUCAUGAGAGCCACUAGGGAAACUCAGGCACAGAUGACCCAGAUAAUGCAGACUCUAGUGACAAAUCAGACCACUGUGCAAGGGACGAGGGAUCCUGGUACGAUAGUGGAGUCCCGUUAUUUGAAGGACUUUCAAAGGUAUAAACUGCCCACAUUUGAUGGGGGUAAGGUGGACCCGGUUACAGCUGAGGUGUGGCUGGAGGCUGUAGAGAUAGCCUUUAUGUACAUGAAAUGUCUACCCGAAUAUCAAGUUCAUUGUGGGACUUACAUGUUGAAGGGUGAGGCCUAUUUUUGGUGGAAGGGUGAACAGAGGGCCAUUACACCAGAGGAAGGGUAUAUUUCCUGGAAUCAGUUUAAGGAGGCCUACUUUUAUAAAUACUACCCAGUGGUUGCCCGACACAAGUGUCAGACAGCGUUCCUAGAACUAAAAAAGGGGGACAAAACUGUUGAGGACUAUGAUCUGGAGUUUAAUAAACUGGCAAGGUUCUGCCCUAAGUAUGUCAGUAACGAGAAGAUGAAAAUUGAUUGUUUUAUCGCUGGUCUCCGGAUAGAGCUCCAGGGUCUGGUUAUGGUACAAGCAACUUCAAAUUAUGUUGUAGCCUUGAGAGUGGCAACAGUGAUGGAUAUGGCAUGA